AGGCGCCUUUUCUGAGCUCAUGUUGUCAGGCAAAAAGUAGUCGCAACGUUCAGUAGGCCGACACUGUUUUUUAUAGCUCAAAUUAGCCUUCACUUUUUAGCAAUAUAAAACCACCUCAACAGAAACACACACGGUUAAGCUCAACAUGGCGACGAAAAAGAAGCGAACACCCAAUGUACAAAAUGACAGCUGGGUUGUCAUCGCAGCAGACUCUGUCAUUGAAACACAGAAGCACGACAGUGACCCAGCUAUUGUGAGACUGAGGAACCCUGCCACAGAUGCAGCGUCUCUGUAUAUGCUAAAUAGUGGUGACGUACAGCUGUUUGAGGUCAAAGCAUUUGAAGAAGACUUCCACUCCUGGUUUGUUGGCCAGACUGUACAGAGAGAUGGGAGACUCCUCUUUGUAACACCAAUGGAUCCUCUCUACCUAAUUUUGCCCUAUUUGAUCAAAUCUGGCAAAGAGGGGAAGUUCCAGCCUUUGGAUCAAUUUGUUAUGGACGAGGAAUUCCCAGUUUGCUCAAGGUUGCUGAGCUGCACACGGUCCCUGGCCUCCCUGCACCACAUUGCGGAUGAAAAAGAGGUGGGAGCACUGAAAUUCCAUCGAUACAAUGAGGAGAAGACGAUGAAUUGGUUGAAGAAAAAGGUGGAGAGGACUGUCACUACGCUCAAAGCGAGAAGUAUCUCUGUGGGAGAAGGAGUCAAAUCCUCAACAUAUGUCAGAGUGAAGUCAGAGUCAGACAACAAUGAAGAGGACUACUUACGCUAUGCUCACGGCCUGGUAUCGGAGUAUAUCAGUGAAGACUUGAGCAAAGCCCUCCUCAAACACCUGCAGUUACCAGAACUCACAAGCCCAAAGGAGACAGAACCUCCUUCUAAGAAGCGGAAACUUUCAGACAAACUGGUGGAGGCUGGCGAGGACUACACCAAAUUCAACAGUGCAGACUUUGCGCGGAAACCGCCCAAGAAGAUGACCGCAGCUCAGAAAUCUCUGGCUAAGGUGGACAAGACUGGCAUGAAGUCUAUGUCAUCCUUCUUUAGCCCGAAGGUCAAAAAAUAAAAUAUUUGAAUGUUGUAUAGCUUCUGGUUUUGUAUAAGAAACAUUUGUAAUAAAGAAAAAAAAUAUAUGU